AUGCCCAGAAAAAGUGAGGUUCUUCAAAUGGACGACGUCGGGAUCGAGGUCGAUGAAGAUUUGAGUGACAGUGACGGUGAAAGACCGGCGGCAGGAAGAGGAGGUGCAAAGGGAAGAGGCCGAGGAAAAAAACCUGCCAGCGAGGACGAAGAAGACGAGGAGGAAGAUGAAGCUCCCAGGGGACGCAGAGGUGCCAACAGGAAGAAGCCCGCCAAGAAACGUGGCGGCAAGGACGACGAUGAUGAAGACGAGAGCGAGGACGAAGCACCCAAGAGGAAACGAGGAGGAGCAGCCAAUAAGAGAAGAGGAGGCAAAGCUCAGGACAGCGACGAGGAGGAUAGUGAUGAUGGGAAAGGAAAGAAGGGAAAGAAGGGAGGAGGGAAGAAGGGAGGGAAGGAGGAGGAGAGUAAGGGUAAGAAGGGGGACGCCAAAGGGAAGGACAAGGGAAAGGACAAGGGGAAAGACAAGGAGGACGACAAGGACAAGAAGAAGAAGAAGAAUUCAUCCUCCUCCAACUCCGACUCCGACGAGGAGGAGGAGUCCAUGUCAGAGGGCGAGAUGGGCCGACUGAUGGAGGAGGUGGAGGAGAAAAAGAAACUGAUCACCACCAUCAGGAACAAGCCGUGGAGGAUGAAGCGGCGCCUCACGCACCUCAGGGAGGCUCAACAGUUUGUGGAUAAGUUUGAAGGAGCUCUGGGGAAAGGAAAAGGGAGGAAGUGGUACGCCUACAAAGUGAUGAUGACGAAGAAAUGGAUCAAGUUCCAAAGGGAUUUUGAGAAUUUCCGGACGGCCUGUAUCCCCUGGGAGAGGAAGAUCAAGGACGUGGAAAGUCACUUCGGGUCCUCGGUGGCGUCUUACUUCAUCUUCCUGCGCUGGAUGUACGGCAUGAACCUCGUCCUGUUCGGCUUCACCUUCGGCCUGGUGGUCAUCCCCGAGGUUCUGAUGGGACUUCCCUAUGGUUCGAUUCCCAGGAAGACUGUCCCCAAAGCAGACCAGCCCACCGCUCAGGACUACUCUGUCCUCAUGGACUUCAAUGGCUACUGCAAAUACUCGGUCCUGUUUUACGGAUUCUACAACGACCAGAGGACCAUCGGCCUGUUGAAGUUCCGGCUGCCUCUGUCCUACCUCAUGGUCGGGAUCGGCAGCUUCGGCUACAGCCUGAUGGUCGUGAUCCGCACAAUGGCGAAGAACGCUGACGUGGGGGGGGGCGACGGGGAGGAAGGAGAGUUCACAUUUGCCUGGAAGAUGUUCACCAGCUGGGAUUACCUCAUCGGCAACUCAGAGACCGCCGACAACAAGUACGCCUCCAUCACCACCAGCUUCAAGGAGUCGAUAGUGGACGAGCAGGAGAACCAGAAGGACGAGAACAUCCACCUGCGGAGGUUCCUCAGGGUCAUGGCGAACUUCAUGAUCCUCUGCAGCCUGGGCGGCAGCGGCUACCUCAUCUACUUCGUGGUGAAGAGGUCUCAGGAGUUCGCAAACAGGACCGACCUCAGCUGGUACGAGAAGAACGAGUUGGAGCUCAUCAUGUCUCUGCUGGGUCUGGUGUGUCCUCCCCUGUUUGAGACCAUCGCCGAGCUGGAGGACUACCACCCUCGAAUCGCCCUCAAGUGGCAGCUGGGACGCAUCUUCGCCCUCUUCCUGGGAAACCUCUACACCUUCCUGUUCGCCCUGUUCGACGAGGUCAACAACAAGCUGGCACAAGAGGACUCCAUAAGGAACGCCUCCCUCUGGGCCUUGAAGGAGUACCACGCCAACAUGACCCGUCUGAUCAACGACUCCAGCAUCACUCCUCCGCCCAUGGACCCGGGCGACGUCAUCCGAGGACCCUGCUGGGAAACAGCCGUCGGCAUUGAGUUUGUGAAGCUGACGGUGUCGGACAUCCAGGUGACCUACCUGACCAUUCUGAUCGGAGACUUCGCCAGAGCCGUCAUCGUCCGCUUCCUGAACUACUGCUGGUGCUGGGACCUGGAGGCGGGAUUUCCGUCGUAUGGAGAGUUCGACAUCAGUGGAAAUGUUCUCGGAUUAGUUUUCAACCAAGGGAUGAUCUGGAUGGGGGCGUUCUACGCUCCCGGGCUGGUCGGCAUCAACGUGCUCCGCCUCCUCAGCUCCAUGUACUACCAGUGCUGGGCCGUGAUGGCCACCAACGUGCCCCACGAGAGAGUCUUCAAGGCCUCCAAGUCCAACAACUUCUACAUGGGCCUGCUGCUCCUCAUCCUCUUCCUCAGUCUGCUGCCGGUGGUCUACACCAUCAUGACCCUGCCGCCCUCGUUCGACUGCGGCCCCUUCAGCGGGAAGCCCAAGAUGUUCGAUGUGAUCAUGGAGACCAUCGACCUGGACCUGCCCGCCUUCCUGGGGACGCUCUUCAGCUACGCAGCCAACCCGGGCCUCAUCAUCCCGGCUGUGCUACUCAUGGUACUGGCCAUCUACUACCUGAACUCCGUGUCUGAGGCCUACAUGAACUCCAACAUGGAGCUGAAGAAGAAGAUGCAGAUGGCUCGGGACGAGGAGAAGAACCGGAGGAACAACACCGACAGCACCAAUCAGGUCAUGAAAGACCUGGAGGACCUCCUGCCCAGCGGCUCCCCCGCCGCCCUGGCUCCUCCACCACAGCCUGGUCAGAAACCUGAGACACAAAGUUCCUCAAGGCCGACCAGGACGAAGCCCGGCAGAGGAGUCAACCUGCAGAAAGACGUGACUCUGGCAUCGCCCAACCCCAACGCCCAGAGGCCGGUGAGUCGGCCUCCGGGGCCCAGAGGAGCAGGGCCGGGUCCGGGUCCAGGUCCGGGCCGGGGCCGCGGCAGAGGGGCCCCCCCGAGAUAA